UAUCAUAAGCGGAGUCGGCCGCUAAGAAAGAUGCCAAGCACCCACGGGGAUCUAUGGGGAAGCAGAAGCAAAGGAGCGACGGUGUAACUGAAGGGACCGUUGUGGGAAGGGACGCAGAGGCCGGAGUUUUAGUUGGAGUUGAAGGUGGAAGUGGAGGCGGAUGUGUCAGCAGCGGGGUUGAUGAAGCAUUGCCGUCGCCCUCCUCGUCGACCAUCGCCUUCCGGGAGCGUAAAACGAGGAAAGUGCUGAACUCUGGGGAGAAGAGGGAGAACAGGAAGGCUAAGGCCGACGCUAUUAUUGUUCCUCCGUUGAGGACUCUCUCAGAAGAAGGUGCAAUCGCCCUCGCCAUACAGCAUCUCAAGGCAUGCGAUCCUCUCCUGGGGCGGCUGAUCGACAUCCACCACCCGCCCAUUUUCCACAAGCAGCAUACGCCCUUUCACUCCCUUGCUCGGAGCAUCCUUUAUCAGCAACUCGCCAUUAAAGCCGCUGCUUCUAUUUACUCACGGUUCAUCGCUCUGUGCGGUGGUGAGAGUGGUGUGGUCCCUGAGACAGUGUUGAGGUUGAGUCCGCUGCAACUUCGGCAGAUUGGUGUGUCUGCCAGGAAAGCUGGUUACCUUCAUGACCUUGCUGCGAAGUUCUCUGACGGACUUCUGUCAGAUGCAGCAAUUCUUGAAAUGGAUGACCAGUCCCUUGUGUCUAUGCUCACCAUGGUUAAGGGAAUUGGUGUGUGGUCCGUUCAUAUGUUCAUGAUCUUUGCUCUACACCGUCCUGAUGUAUUGCCUGUGGGUGAUGUUGGUGUACGCAAAGGUGUACAACUUCUUUAUGGCCUCAACCAGCUACCGCAACCUUCACAGAUGGAUAAGUUCUGCGACAGAUGGAGACCAUAUAGGUCCGUUGGCUCUUGGUAUAUGUGGAGACUGGUAGAAGCUAAAGGACCAACAGUGCCAGCAGACCAACUUCCAAGGCUAGUGUAAGGGCCUGUUUCUAUAGACUGCCCAUACUACGCCGCAGCAACUGCUGGUGAAAGUUAGAACCUAGGCGGCAAACAGGUCAUUCUACUUUGCAUGUCGAGCUUCAGGUGAACUAUGGAAGUGCUCCAAUAAUAGUGGGAUCAACGAUGAGUCGGGUGGAAGGUAGACACAACUGUCAUACUAUAAUUGCUGGUCUUUCUCUUGCCAACAAGGCCGUGCAAACGGUUGUUCUUUGACCUGCUGUCUCGUUCUCUGAAGUGGAAUAGAUUCUUCAUACUCCUUGGCUAAUCAUUCUCAGAUCUCCUUCAGCAUACUCAAUGCAUACCACUGUCAAGUGCGAGCCCUCUCACGCUGUGAUACUCCUUCAAAAUCAUACCCGAGGAGCUUAGUUACCUACCUUUAUUGCAUUGAUGUCGACAUCUUCUGAUUCACUAAUAUUGUAAACUGUACAGAUUGGUCAGGACUAUAAACUGGUGGCCCAACAAAUAAGGUUGCGACUUUUGAAUGGCUAAAACCAAUGUAAGCUCUUGUUCAUGAAUCGAUGGAGAGCUGAAAUAACCAGGCAUGGCUUUACUAAAAUAAGACUGUGGGUGUCCUUGCUGUGAGAGAA